AUGGUAACAUUAUUCACACAUCUCUUCCUCCUAUUCCUUCUCACAACCGCGGCCUCGCCGGAAUAUACCCGUCCAGGUCCUCGUCCACUCGUUCUCCGGCAGCAUAGCGGGUCCGAUUCGGACCCUCAACAGGUACACGUGUCACUGUCGGGAAAAGGGUACAUUAGGGUUUCAUGGAUUACUUCAGAUAAAAAUGUCCAGCCAACAGUUCAGUACGGAAAGACACGUGGGAAAUACAAUUUGUCUGCCACCGGAGAGAUUACUUCCUACCAUUACUUGUUUUACAAGUCAGGACAAAUUCACCACGUGAGAAUUGGGCCGUUGGAUCCAGGCACCACUUAUUACUACAGAUGCGGCGGCUCUGGCCCAGAGUUCCAUUUCCGUACGCCACCGUCGGCUUUUCCGGUCGAAUUCGCCGUUGCCGGAGACCUAGGUCAAACAGAAUGGACAGUAUCAACCUUAUCCCACAUCGGUGCACGUGACUACGACGUACUUCUUCUCCCGGGAGACCUAUCCUACGCCGACAUGGAUCAACCGCUAUGGGACUCGUUCGGCCGCCUGGUCGAGCCCUACGCGAGCACUAGGCCAUGGAUGGUCACUCAGGGUAACCACGAGGUCGAAACCCUCCCAGUCGUUUACCGCAACGCUUUCAUGGCCUACAACACGAGGUGGCUAAUGCCCUACCGAGCGAGUAAGUCCACAUCGAACUUGUACUACUCGUUCGAAGUGGCCGGGGCCCACAUCAUCAUGCUCGGGUCCUACGCGGACUUCUAUAUCGGCUCGGACCAGUACAGGUGGCUGAAAGCUGACGUGGCGAGCAUCGAUAGGAGGAGGACGCCGUGGGUGUUUGCGUUGUUGCAUGCGCCGUGGUACAAUUCUAACUUUGCGCAUAGGGGUGAGGGAGAAGCCAUGAGGGUGGCCAUGGAGGAGGUUUUGUACAAGGCGCGAGUCGAUGCGGUGUUUACGGGGCAUGUUCAUGCGUACGAGAGAUUCACUAGGGUUUAUAAUAACAAGGCUGAUGUGUGUGGUCCAGUGCAUGUGACCAUUGGUGAUGGAGGAAACAGAGAAGGGCUUGCUAAUUCGUUCGAAAAUCCGAGACCUUCGAUAUCGGUUUACAGGGAACCAAGCUUCGGACAUGCGCGGUUGAGGGUAUUCAAUAGCACGCAUGCUCAUUGGUCUUGGCACCGCAACAACGACACCGGCUCUUUCGUGGCCGAUGAGUUAUGGCUCGAAAGCUUGGCCGCCUCCAAAGCCUGCAAGCCGAUUAGGGUUCCGUCCAAAUCUCAAAAUGAAGAACCCUAAGUCUUGGUCAUAAAUCCGAUGCUAGAUCUUUAUAAUGGAAUAAUAAUAACGUGUAUUACGGAGACUGAGGAAGAGUAUGAAUCCAAAUACAAUCUUUGGCCAAAAUGAAAAUUCAGAUUCGUCUCUAGAAAUGCUAACUUUGCGUUCCAUGAUUUAUCUUUU